AUGCCGUGUUGCUGCUGCACGGGCAGGGACACGAAGGAAAAGUACGUCCUCCGCCAGGGCGACAAGGACACGAAGCCUGUGAAGAAGACCCGCAAGUUUAAAUUCGGCGGCCCGACCCACCGCGGCAGUGCCUACGCCCUCCUGGACGAUGGCAACUUCUACCGCGUGGAGGAUGGCAAGCAGUGGCUCCUCUACAACGACACUUUGUCGUGCGAGAUGCACCUUACGAUGAGGUUUUCUGCUGACACAAGGAUUGAGGCGGGGAAGCGCACACAGCUGAAGAUCGAAGGCAAGGAACGUGUAGCCACGAUUGUUGUCUACCCGCUGGAAACGUUGCCGUUCCUCAAGUUUGACACAAGCAAGGUGGACUACCUCAAAUCCCGGUCGCUGGCGCGUCCGCUCACGCAGGAGUAUUUGAAGAAGGUCAAUGCCGAGACGAACGCGAAGCUGCAACGCGAGAGGCGUGAAGUAUCCCGCAUCUGCUCGCACAGUUACUCAGAGGAGGAGCUGCUGCACAAGUGCCGCCACACGAAGAACACAAUGUACGUUGAUCUGAAGUUUUCACCAUGUGCGUUGUCCCUGCAACGGCCCACCGACAAGAAGAAGGUCGUCAACGUCCCAAAUAUCGUGUGGAAACGCACCGCUGACUAUAUUCCGGCAGAUCGUCACAAAGACAUUCAACUCUUUCGCGACGGAAUUGACCCGGAGGACAUCGAUCAGGGACAACUUGGCGACUGCUGGCUGAUGUGCGCACUGAGCGUUAUUGCAGGGCGGCCGUCCAUCGUGAAAGGCAUCUUUCGGCACCCCGUCUCGUCGAGCAAGGCGAAGAAGGAGCAGAAGUGCGGCGCCUACCGAGUCACAGUCAACAAGCAUGGCUGGUGGGAGAACGUCAUUGUCGACAGCUACCUCCCUACCAUGAAUUGCCAACCGCUCUUCGCCAGGUGCUCGCGUGACCCAUGCGAGUUGUGGGUCUCGUUCGUGGAAAAGGCGUACGCGAAGCUGCAUGGGUCCUACGCCGGUAUUAUUGGUGGUGACGCGCUGUUUGCGCUGCAGGACUUCACAGGGUUUCCGGUUCUCUCCUUCGAGGCGGUGUGGUCCAAGGCGGCGCGCAACUCGGACGCCGCCUCAGCCUUCUUCAAGUCGCUGCGGCGCUACCAGGAGAAGGGCUACAUGAUCACCAUUGGCACGCCUGGAAAGGACACCAGCGCAUACACUGGCCAGCAACAGUCAGGGAAGGGCAGCAACGGCGCAAUGCAGGACCGUUACAAGAGGGCGGGCCUCGGAAUGGGGCACGCGUACUCCGUGCUGGACGUUCGGCAGUUCUCCCUGCCGAGUAUCAAGCUGCUAAAGGUGCGGAACCCGUGGGGCGGCAACGGUGUUGAGUGGACCGGCGCGUGGAGUGACAAGAGCGACAAGUGGAAGAGUCACCCGCUUGUUCGCCGUGCGUGCAAGCCGUCGAAGAAGAACGACGGCACCUUCUGGAUGGAGUGGGAAGACAUUGUGAGGUACUUCGACGGUGGCGGUGUGUGCAUGGUGCGGAAGAACUGGCACGACUACCGCGUUCGUGGCGUCUUUCUUGGGCUGACGCCGAGCGUUGUGCUGGAGGUGGUGGUGACCCGCAAAGUCAAGGUGGUGUUGGUGCUGUCGCAGCAGGACCGCCGCGCGCUGCAUCCCGACGACCCCAACGCACUCUACAAGGGCCUCCUCCUCAGCGUCGGUGCCUACUCGCGGGAGAAGCAGCGCCACGUGCUACACGCCAACAGCUCAGCGGACCCCGAGGAGCCGUCGCCGGAGACGUUCACCUUCACCAUCAGCCGCGACAUCGGCAUGGAGCUGACGCUGCUUCCGCAGCACUCGCCCUACUACAUCAUCCCGCGCGUCAUGGCGAACAAGCCAGAGACGCCGAAAAAGUUUACGCUGGGCCUCCUCAGCCCGUGCAAGGUAGGCAGUGGCGGUUUGGCAGUGAACUUCAAGAAGCUGCCGCCCACGCACGACGCCUUUAAGAACCGCCGCGACUACACCACUCUGGAGGCAGCGCCGCUGCACGUAGAGUUUCAGCACAAAAAGCCCGGUAAGUGCGCUGUGCUGCGCGGGGGCGACAGUAUCCAGAACUCCAAGAAGAUUCAGUAG